GUGCUGACGUAUCACUUCUGCUGACGUUAUAUUUCCCCGACUUGUAGUUCUCACGAGUUUUUAGCGGAGCAGUUAGUGAUGGCUGCCAGCAGGAUGAAGCUGGAGCUGUCCCGAGUGGUUCAGGGAAACGCUCGUCUGGGUCUGCUGAAGGAGAUGGGGAGGAUGGGGCAGCACUCUCUGGACAUUCCUGGAUGUCUUCUGUACACGCACCUUGGCACCGUCCCCCACCUCACCCAGGACACCCUGCACACUCUCAGCAGCCUCCCCGCUGUCACCCAGGUCACCCUGUCCAACAUGGCAGAGCACCAAGACGUGCUGGAGGAGUUUAAAGGCGGAUUUAAGAAGUUUGCAGGCCUCCAUGACACCGUCUUGUACUGCUCACUGCACGACCCUGCAGCUCAAUGCCCGACAGGCCACACGACCAACAAGACGGUGUCGGUGUGGGGCAGCGGAGGGCGGAUAGAGCUGACGGUGGCCAAGUUCAUGGCCCUCCAGAAGGCGGUGCAGCCGGACUGGUACCAGAGCAUGGCGGAUGGGGAGACCUGGCAGGCCAGCGCCUCUCGGAAACGGGUUCGAAAGUCGGUGGACCGAACUCUGGCCCAUUUGGACGAGUGUCUGAUGGUGCAUCAGAAAUCCCAGGAAUUGGACGGAGUCGGCGUGUUCGGGGUGGUGGAGGGAGGAGACAUCCUGGAGGAGAGGCUGCGCUCGGCCAGGGAGACGGCCAAAAGGCCCGUGGCGGGAUUCUGCCUGGAUGGCUUCCAGACCGGCGCUAUGGAUCAGGUCCUGAGGAGCCAGCUCAUCAGCGCUGUGACUAAGGAGCUGCCUGAAGACAAACCCAGAUUGCUGCAGGGCGUGGGGCGACCCGAUGAGGUGCUGGCGUGCGUUGAGGCGGGCGUAGACCUUUUCGAGGGCUUCUUCCCCUUCCAGGCGACGGAACGAGGCUGCGCUCUCUGCUUCAGCUUCGACAUCACGCCGGACCCGGAGAGCGCAGGUAGAGCCGACCUGACAGCGGCGGAUGAAGAGCAGCGCACAGCGGGGGAGACGCAGCCGAACAGAGAUCUUAAUUGUGUUGAUCAAACACACAUGACGUCCUUCGAGAUGAAUCUCAAAGACAAAAGGUAUCGGGACGACUUCAGGCCCCUGGUGGAUGGGUGUGGCUGCUACUGCUGCCGGAACCACCAGAGGGCGUACGUGCACCACCUGCUAGUGACCAAUGAGCUGCUGGCUGGAGUCCUCCUCAUGAUUCACAACACAAGCCACUACCACGGCUUCUUCAGAGCAAUCAGAGCAGCUUUGGCCAGUGACAAAAUGGACCUCCUCAGGAGGCGCGUGCUUGGGAACGGAAAGAAGUAAAACAGAGAAGUCUGAGAGAACUGAAGAGGGACUAGGAGGGUACAGAGGGAACAAUAGUUCCUCUAAACUGGCACAGCGCAGACACAGGUUACUGUAAUGCUGCACAGACCUUCAGAUGACUCCUUCCGUGUGUUUGCUAAAGCCAGAUCUCUGAAAAAUAAAGAAGAAAGGAGCAGAUAAA